CAGGAGGCUGCUGCGGCUCGGACUUCAAGCAGUACGUGUUCGGCGGCUGGGCCUGGGCCUGGUGGUGCCUCUCAGACACGCAGAGGAUCGAGCCCCACGUCCAAGCGCCCGUGUUUUGAAAUGGAGACCCCAGAGCCGUCUGACCCCUUAAAUGCUCAGGGCCUUGAGCCUCAGUAACUGGAGUUGGGGUUCCCUCGAGUCUGUGAGCUCGUGGCGGGAAGGGAACGAAUCUACCAACUCUGUUACGUCGUACUCUCCCAAGCACUAAACGUUCUGCAGUGCUCUGUGCUCGACUGUCUCUGGAGGUCAUGACCAUCCUCUGUCGCUGUGAGAAUAUUGAGACUUCGGAGGGGGUCCCGCUAUACGUGACAGGGGUCGCACAGGUGAAGAUCAUGACGGAGAAGGAGCUCCUGGCUGUGGCCUGCGAGCAGUUCCUCGGGAAGAACGUCCAGGAUGUCAAGAACGUGGUCCUGCAGACGCUGGAAGGGCACCUGCGCUCCAUCCUCGGCACCUUGACCGUGGAGCAGAUCUACCAGGACCGGGACCAGUUUGCCAAGCUGGUGAGGGAGGUGGCCGCCCCAGACGUGGGCCGCAUGGGCAUCGAGAUCCUGAGCUUCACCAUCAAGGAUGUCUACGAUAAGGUGGAAUACCUGAGUUCUCUGGGAAAGACACAGACGGCCGUGGUGCAGCGAGACGCCGACAUCGGGGUGGCCGAGGCCGAGCGGGACGCGGGCAUCAGGGAGGCCGAGUGCAAGAGGGAGAUGCUGGACAUCAAGUUCCAGGCCGAUACCAAGAUAGCCGACUCCAAACGAGCCUUUGAGCUGCAGAAGUCGGCCUUCAGCGAGGAGGUGAACAUCAAGACGGCCGAGGCCCAGUUGGCGUACGAGCUGCAGGGGGCCCGGGAGCAGCAGAAGAUCCGCCAAGAGGAGAUCGAGAUCGAGGUGGUGCAGCGGAAGAAGCAGAUCGCCGUGGAAGAGCAGGAGAUAAUCCGCAUGGACAAGGAGCUGAUUGCCACCGUGAGACAACCCGCCGAGGCCGAGGCCCACCGUAUACAGCAGAUCGCCGAGGGCGAGAAGGUGAAACAGGUCCUCUUGGCCCAAGCGGAGGCUGAGAAGAUCCGCAAGCUGGGGGAAGCGGAGGCUUCUGUGAUCGAGGCGAUGGGCAAGGCGGAAGCCGAGCGGAUGAAGCUGAAGGCGGAGGCAUAUCAGAAGUACGGAGACGCGGCCAAGAUGGCCUUGGUGCUGGAAGCCCUGCCCCAGAUCGCUGCCCAAGUGGCCGCCCCCCUGAACAAAGUAGACGAGAUCGUGGUCCUGAGCGGCGACAACAACAAAAUGACAACAGAAGUGAACCGCCUGCUGGCAGAGCUCCCCGCCUCCGUGCACGCACUCACCGGAGUGGACCUGACUAAGAUCCCCCUCAUCCAGAAGGCCACAGGGGUACAGGUGUGAGCGCGAGCCGAGGACACCCAACUUCUUCCAUCUCCCGCCUCCCCGCCCCGAGGCCCGUCUCUCCGGCCGGGGCGUGGGCAGUCGGAUUCGGACUCUGACUUUCUCUCUGGUGCCUUAUUUUGUAGGACCAGAAGCUGCAUGUCCAAUC